AACGGAAUCCUAAAAGGCGGCGCUUGGACUUUAAUUCACAGACACGUUCCUGCGCUCGCGCCGCGGUACGAGCACAUUCGAGGAGCAAGCCGACGACUGGGGGCGCGUUGCAGGCUGGGAGUUGUAGUCCGAUCGGAGCCGUAAGGCCUUCUGGGAAUCGUGGUCUCCGCGGAUCCUGCCUGGGUGCUUUGGGUACGGCUCGCGCUGUGGCCCCGCCCCGUUCACCUCGAGUGACCAAUCACGAGUCUCUCCUGCUGACCCGUCUCGGAGUGUCCGCGGAAGCGAGGGUGAGAGGGCGGGGCUUGCGCCGCGGUCCUUGCGGAAGCUGGAGAAGGGGCUGCGGAGGAGCUUUAAGAAAGACCCCAAGGGUCACCAGAGCCGCCACGCUGUGGACGAGCGGUGUCCCUUCAACCAGGAAACGCAACAUCACUGAAAAUCCAGUUUUAAUAAUAAAGGUCACUAUGAAGGCUCUGUAUUGUAAACAGAAUUCAGCUGGAGAGGAAAUUAUAUGUGUCUUCCAGGAAAGGGAAAAUCUUCCUGUUGCGAGAGACAAUGAUGUGAAAAUACGGGUUAAAGCCUGUGCUCUGAGCUGGACAGAUAUAAAGCUUUUAUCAGAAAUGAAGAAAGAAUUUCUACCUGUUGGGAGGGAAAUUGCUGGAGUGGUGUUGGAGGUUGGAAGCAAAGUGUCCUUCUUUCAGCCAGAUGAUGAAGUAGUGGGAAUCUUGCCCCUGGAUUCGGAAGAGUCUGGUCUCUGUGAAGUUGCUCUAGUUCAUGAGCAUUAUUUGGUUCAUAAGCCAGAAAAAGUCCCUUGGGUUGAAGCAGCAGGGACUAUUCGUGAUGGCCUACGAGCAUACACAGCUCUACAUUAUCUUUCCCAUGUUUCUCCUGGAAAAACUGUACUAGUAAUGGAUGGAGCAAGUCCAUUUGGUACAAUAGCUAUUCAGUUAGCACAGCACAGAGGAGCCAAAGUAAUUUCUACAGCAUAUAGUCUUGAAGACGAGCAGUACUUGGAGAGGCUUAGACCUCCUGUGGGCACAAGGCAACCUUUAAUUGCUCGAGUCAUUGAUGUCUCAAAUGGUAAGAUUGAUGUGGCAGAAAGCUGUCUGGAGGAAACAGGCGGGCUGGGAGUGGAUAUUGUCCUAGAUGCUGGAGUGAGAUUAUACAGUAAAGAAGAUGAGUCAACAUUAAAACAGCAACUGCUGCCACACAAACAUGAUAUCAUUACACUUCUUAGUGCUGGAGGACACUGGGUAACCACAGAGAAAAACCUCCAGUUGGACCCUCCAGAUAGCCACUGCUUGUUCCUUAAGGGAGCCACAGUCUCUUUUCUGAAUGAUGAAGUAUGGAAUUUGUCAAAUGUGCAACAAGGGAAGUAUCUUUGUAUCUUAGAAGAUGUAAUGGAGAAGUUAUCAAAUAGUAUUUUCAGGCCUCAGUUGGAUGAACCAGUCCCAUUGUAUGAAGCCAAGGUUUCUGUGGAAAUAGUGCAGAAGAAUCAAGCAAGAAAAAGACAAGUCAUCCAAUUCUGAAGCACAAUUUCCUUGUUUCUAAGACUGCAAGACAGAGAUAUGUAAUAUAUUUGAUUAGUGUGCAACUUCAAAUAAUUCUGUAA